AUCAGGCUGUCAGUGGAGUUCACAGCACAUCAGUUUCAACAUCAACCAUGUUUUCUGUAGCUCUGCUGCUGCUGUUGGCAGCUGGAUGUGUGAAGUGUGAACAGCUGACACAGCCAGCCUCUGUGACUGUGCAGCCAGGUCAACGUCUGACCAUCACCUGUCAGGUCUCUUAUUCUGUUAGUGGCUACUACACAGCUUGGAUCAGACAGCCUGCAGGGAAAGGACUGGAGUGGAUUGGAAGCAAAUACACUGGUGAUUCAGCCUACAAAGAUUCACUAAAGAACAAGUUCAGUAUCGACUUAGACUCUUCCAGCAGCACAGUGACUCUAAACGGACAGAAUGUGCAGCCUGAAGACACUGCUGUGUAUUACUGUGCCAGAGAAGUAUUCAGUAGUGGCUGGAGUUACCACUACUUUGACUACUGGGGAAAAGGCACAAUGGUGACCGUCACAACAGCCACUUCAACUGGACCGACUGUGUUUCCUCUGAUGCAAUGUGGUUCUGGGACUGGAGACAUGGUCACUCUUGGCUGCCUUGCCACUGGCUUCACACCUUCCUCACUGACCUACGCAUGGAGCAAAAAUGGGGCUGCCUUGACGGACUCCAUUCAGUACCCUCCAGUACAGAAAGGCGACGUUUAUACGGGAAUCAGUCAAAUCCAUGUGAGGAGACAGGACUGGGACGCCAGGGAGUCUUUCCAAUGUGCCGUGACACAUCCAGCAGGAAAUGUACAGACUAAUUUCAUAAAACCAAAGGUGACUUAUGUGCUGCCAACUGAACUUAAAGUGUUGGCCUCCUCUGGAGAGGAACAAGAGGCUUCCUUCUCCUGCUUUGCCAGAGAUUUUUCACCAAAAGAUUAUGAGAUCAAAUGGCUGAAAAAUGAAGCUGAAAUCCCCAACAAAAUAUAUGAGAUCAAAAUGCCUCUUGGGGAAAGAAAGGACAAGAAUGGAACUACACUGUACAGUGCAGCAAGUUUCCUCACGGUACCGGCCAGUGAGUGGACUGUUGACACUAAGUUUACAUGUGAGUUUGAGGGGAAAGGUGAAAACGGUGCAACAUUCAUGAAUUCAUCAGUGACCUACAAACAUACAACUCCUGGCAACUGUGAAGUAGAUGUGGACAUAAAGAUCACUGGCCCCACGUUGGCGGACAUGUUUUUAAACAGAAAAGGAACUAUAGUAUGUCAAGUCAAGGUAAACGAGCCAUAUGUCGGAAGGAUUUUGUGGGAGGACGAGAAAGGAAACGAAAUGGCUGGGCCUCGAAAGACCUUCAAUGAUAAAGGCACAUUUAGCCUUCCACUUGAAAUCACGUAUGACGAAUGGAGCAAGGGGAUAAAGCGCUACUGCGUUGUUGAACAUGAAAAUUUGAUUGAACCACUUAAGGAACUCUAUGAAAGGAGUUUCGGAGGACAGACUCAGCGUCCUGCAGUGUUUAUGCUGCCUCCAGUAGAACAUACUAGAAAAGAAACGGUGACCCUGACUUGCUAUGUGAAAGACUUCUUCCCUCAGGAGGUUUUGGUGACUUGGCUUGUUGAUGACGAGGAAGCAGACUCAAAAUACAAGUUCUAUACCACAAACCCCGUAGAGAGCAAUGGAUCCUAUUUUGCUUAUGGCCAGUUAUCGCUCAGCCUUGAGCAGUGGAAAAAGAAUGACGUGGUGUACAGCUGUGUAGUUCACCACCAGUCUCUGGUUAACACAACUAAUGCUAUUGUCAGGUCCAUCGGGCACAGAACAUUUGAAAACACCAACCUGGUCAACCUCAACAUGAACAUCCCUGAAACGUGCAAGGCCCAGUAGAUGUUAUUUUGUGUCGUUGUGUCUUCUGCUGUUUGUUGUUUCAUGUUUGUUGCUUGUGACAUGACAUUGUGUUUGUCUUUUUAAUGCAAAAUCAAAAUAAAAAAAGCACUUUGCAAUUCUGCUGAUGUA